CGUCUUUUUGCGUGACUGACAAAUAUACAAAGUUUCACAUUUAUUAUAUUAGUAGGAUAAUAAUUAUACUUAUUUAUAAGUAGGAUGCUGAUUGCAUUUAACUUUAAGGAAUAUUUUCAUACCAAACUACAUGUUAAUCCUCAUCUACAAACUAUGUUAAGCAAUUUGUAGAGUCAAUCGACGGCAGACGUUUAUGCAACAUUAUAUAUGAUACGCUGUUGACAUAAUAACUGGGCAAAUGUUAGGAAAAUUCGUAUAAGUGAUAUUAAUUAGACGUUAUGCACUUUCAUACCGGUUGGCGUGGCGGCGGCUGGGAGCGCAGUGUUCGCACGACCACCGAGCUGGUAUGCGCUUGCGCCUCUUUCGAGUUUCCAUUGAACACCGAUCGCGCUCGAGUAAUUUGUUUUUUUUUCUAUUACUUACGACAAACAGUGACCUUUCGGCAGUGGUGAUAGAUAUUCUUGUAUGUUUUACCAGGGAUUUUGUACGCAAUCAUACAAGUGGGGUAUCCGGUACAGUCAUGCACAUGGUCUAGUGAAUCUUGAAUUUAUAUUCUGAGAACAUUUAAACGUGUUCCAAAAUGUCUGCCACAAGGACGAUAGUGUGUAUUUGCGUAUUAGUGCUAGUGAGUGUGGUUGGUGCAAAUGUGAACUCUACGAGUGAGGUGAAAAGGUCCAGAAUGGCCUGGAUGAAGGGCCUGCUCGACCAUCACGAUUGGUUGGAGCUGCUCAAUCAGAAGAAUGUAGAUCUGCCGGAGCAGUGCGAGGGAGACAUGCGGCGGUAUUUGAACGCACUCAACGAUGGACAACUGUGGGCUUCUAAAAUGUACGAUGCAUCUGGUCAAUACAACCCAAAUAUGCUGUUCGGCAACGAGUUCUGGUUGGGCUCCAUGAUGGAGUGCCGGGACUUGCAACUGCCACAGUACUACGAGCAGACGCCGCCCUUUUCUGUCGGCUUCUACGUCGUCAAGAUCAACAUCACCAUCGAUGCAGAACAUAUUCCACAGGGGCGUCAGAUAUUUGUGGGCGAGUGUCUGCCGGCGUCGUGCGACGUGGCGGCCGUAGAGCAGUUCGUGUCGCGAGCUGAAUCAGCAGCGUCAGCGCGGGCCGCGGCCGCCGGUCUUGCUGCCUCCCUGCGCACCGUCAGCGUCCGACCCGUGCCCGGCGACUACAACCUCUAUGCUGAUAGAAAGUUUCACAUCAUCGGGUCAGUGGUGCUUGCAGUUAUCAUACUGAUGCUGGCGGCGUCUCUAUAUGAAGGGUACUUAGAGCGGAGGUUUCGGAUAGCGCACGAGGCCGCCGAUCUGGAAGUGGCCAGCGACGACAAUCAUAAUCACAAACACGGCACCGCACAUGUCGAUGGGAAACUGAGUGAGGAUAAAGACAAAGAACUUCGGAGGGAGCCUUGUGGUAUGUGGGCGGAACUACUAUUGGCGUUUUCGAUUCUAACCAAUGGAAGGACAAUACUCAGCACACAGAAGCCUAGCGAUGGCGCCUUGACCUGCUUACACGGAAUCAGGUUUCUAUCAGUACUUUGGGUGAUAAUGGUGCAUACAUACAUGACUGUGUUCCACAUUGGAGACAACAAGACUAUGCGGGUGGUGACGGAGAGAAACUUCAUGUACCAGUCAGUAGGAAACGCGUCCUACUGCGUCGAUACCUUCUUCUUUAUUGGUGGACUCCUUGUCACCGUGCUAUUUCUCCGGUCCGAAGACCGAAAGGCUAAGAAGAAAGACCAAACAGAUAAACCGGACAUUAACAAGAAUGUAAAUGGCUAUACAAACUCUGCUCUCUCAAUAUCCGUGAUUAGUCAGCAAUCUUUUAAAGAGGAUUUAUUGGAUAAGCCGAAAUCUAGCAUGUUCUCUAAAGUGGAGCUAUUCAGAAUGAUGAAAUCGUUUUUUGUUUUAUUUUUCUAUCGGGUUGUUAGAUUAACUCCGGCUUACGCCUUCGUCAUUGGUAUCACUGAGAUCUCCUUCAGGUAUAUCUAUAACCAGGCUGUAUUUGAUCCCGCUGUCCCCGACCACAUCACUUGCGACCUCUUUUGGUGGAGAAACGUUUUAUACAUCAACAACCUCUACCCUCACAGGGAGAUGUGCAUGGUAUGGUCAUGGUAUAUGGCUAACGACACCCAAUUCUACGUCGUCGGCAUUAUACUUUUACUUCUAUCUGUCAAGCACCUAAAACUAGCAACAGUAUCUUUAUUCGUGGUGAUGGUGAGCUCUUGGGCAACAACGAUAUAUAUCUCCGUAUGGUAUCAGUAUAAGGCGAAAAUACAAGAACCUUUUGAGAUGUUCGAUCCACUGUAUGACAAGCCCUGGUCGCGAAUUGGACCCUACUUCAUUGGCAUGAUGGUCGGCUGGUACUUGCACAAGACUAGGUGCAAAGUUCACAUUCCGUAUUGGCUUGUAGCCGUCAGCUGGACGGGCUCGCUGGCGAUCAUUGGAAGCCUCAUCUUCAGUAUGGUGGACGGCUUCUUUGAGGUCUGGCCCACUGCGUUCUACAUCAGCGUGGGACACACAGCUUGGGGUGUGGCGAUGGCGUGGAUAGCGAUCGCCUGUUGCUGCGGCUACGGCGGGCUCGUGAACAGCCUACUGUCGUACCGCGGGUUUCUGCCGCUGAGCCGGCUCACCUACUGCGCUUACCUGGUGCACCCCACCGUCAUGGUCUUCACAAGCUUCAUGCUCGAUGGACCGUUCCACCUGACAAACUCCACAGUCAUCACAAUCUACGCGGGAUAUGCAGUGCUAGCUUUCCUAGCAUCAUUCGCUAUCUCCAUGGCGUUCGAGGCACCGGCAGUUCGAAUCAUCAAGAUCUUCAGUGGAGGCAACACACGAAAAGAACACUGAUGUUAAUUUGUUGACAAAACAGCUCAGCUCAACAAAGAAAAAAGGCAUGGUCGUGCCUUUCCGUCUUAGUGUAUUUCUAGGAUUCUUCACUACAUUCCCCAUUAAGACCAAAUUAAAAAACCAACUAAGGAUCUGAUUAUUGUCCAUUAUGCGGUCGUAAAUUAUUCGUAUGUAAAGUCUUAUAACUUGUAGAAUCACGAAUAAAUUAGAAGUAAUAAAAUGUUCCCUAUUGGGUACGAAAACGAUAAAGGUCUGUACACAAAGUAUAUAAGAUAUCGGAUCAGCGCUGUAUCCUCUAGCUGAAGCGAUGCGAUAAAAAAAAACCGUUGCAUUAGUGAGCAAUGUAUCUAAGAAUUUCAUACGCAUAAUACUGAACGGCUCCAUUUGAUCAGUUUUUAUGUGUCCCAAACUUCAAUUGACACACAAUAUUUCCAAAUGAAGUAAUAGGUACUAUAUAAUUGUAGCUGCAUUUUUGCUAUCUGAACACACUUCGAAAUGUCUCAGGCAAAUAUAAUUUCAAUGCAGAGUUGUUACUAAAUACUUAAUACUCCCAAAGAGUUAGGUACUUUAUCAAAACGGUAAGUAAUAUAUUGCUAUCCAUAAGCAGGUAUGCCUCAUUAGCCUACAUUUUACACAUAUCAUUC